UGUUAGUAAACAAAACAGUUCUCUUCCCCAUCUGAGAUCCUCAGAAAUCACCAGCAUGGACAUGCUGUUUUGUAUCUCUCUGCACAGCAGAGAGGUACAAAAUAGCAUGUCUCCAUAGUAAAACACAACACAGUACACAGUUAAUCCUUUGAUUGUCCCAGAUGUUAACCCCUUUCUGUCCAGUGUCAUUAGUACAGUGUCAGUGCUUUUUAUUAGCACUGAUCACUAUAUUAGUGUCAUUGGGGAUGUCAGUGGCAGUUAGUCAGUUCCCACCCAGUGUCAGAAUGCCCGCCGCAGUGCCG